CCACCCGGCAGUAGUUACAGAGGUCAGCCCCGCCUCUUCCUCUUUCCCUCGGAGCAGGCGGCGGCGGCGUCUUGUGUAGCAAUGGCCAAGAUUAAGGCUCGGGACCUUCGCGGCAAGAAGAAGGAGGAGUUGCUGAAACAGCUGGACGAUCUGAAAGUGGAGCUGUCCCAGCUUCGUGUCGCCAAAGUGACAGGCGGCGCGGCGUCCAAACUCUCCAAGAUCCGAGUCGUCCGUAAGUCCAUUGCCCGCGUUCUCACUGUAAUUAACCAGACGCAGAAGGAAAACCUCAGGAAGUUCUACAAGGGCAAGAAGUACAAGCCCCUGGAUCUGCGGCCUAAGAAAACACGUGCCAUGCGCCGCCGGCUCAACAAGCACGAGGAGAACCUGAAGACCAAGAAGCAGCAGCGGAAGGAACGGCUGUACCCACUGCGGAAGUAUGCGGUCAAGGCCUGAGGCCUGAGUCUCUCGGCAUCAAUAAAAACACAAAACUGGCUGAC